CACCUCCCAAUCUCCCACUCAGCCUUCCUCCCAAGUCAAUAUGGAGCCCGAGCCACCGAUUCAGUUUGACGCCAGUUCAAGUGAGAAUAUGGGCGAAUCCGGAUUGCCGCCAGUUCCUCUUCCGAAUGAAUCCACAAGCAUCAGAUCUCCGAGUGCAUUGUUCAGUGCUGGUUCUGUGCUUAAUGAUUUAAACUUCAGCUGCUUGUUUAUUGCUGGUUCUGUGCUUGAUUUAAACUUCAGGCUCAUGUUUGGGGGCAGUUUUGCUUAUGUUAUGAAGGGCGUAAGCAUGUCAUUGAAACAAUUUAUCUUAGAGAUUAUGGCAUCAUGGAUGGUGACCAGGCUAGUGAAUGUUUAGGCUUACAAUUUCAGUGAGGGGAGCUGGAAUGCUGGAUUGAUGUCAUUGUUACCCUGUUAAUCCAUUCAUCUCAAUGUCUGUUGUACUUACUCCAUUCCUCUUGACUCAUGAUAUCUAUAUAUUCAAUUCUGAUACAUUGUUAGUUUGUU